AAAACCAAAGCCUCAAAUGGCAACUCUAACCGCCGCAAGACGAGGAGGCAGUAUCCUCUGCCCCCACCAUGAACCCUUCACCCGCCACCGCUUCCUCUCUCGUCCCCUCCUCCUCCUCCACCCUCACCCAUCAAACCCCACCUCCACCUUCCUCACCUACUCCAAGCCCAUUGGGCCCAUUUCCAAACUCACCUCCCCAAGAGCCGCCGACACCUCCUCCGUCCCCACCACCGCCGACAAAGCCAUCGUCACCGACGACCAGUUCUCCCUCGCCAAGGUUUCGUUUGGUACUAUUGGACUAGGUGGUGGGAUUACGCUGUUAGGGUAUGGUUUUGGUGCGUACUUUAAUAUCCUACCUGGGUCUGAAUGGUCUGCAUUGAUGUUAACAUAUGGGUUUCCUCUUGCAAUCAUUGGCAUGGCUUUCAAGUAUGCAGAACUAAAGCCGGUGCCGUGCUUGACUUAUUUGGAUGCUCAGCAAUUAAGGGAGACGUGUGCCACCCCUAUUCUUAUACAGGUCAGGAAUGAUGUUACGAGAUACCGCUAUGGGGAUGAGCAGCAUUUGGAUGAAGCGUUAAAACGAAUUUUCCAGUAUGGUCAGGGUGGGGGAAUUCCUCGGAGGAGUGCACCUGUUCUACAAAAGAUUCGUGAAGAGGUCACAGAAGAUGGUAGAUAUUGUCUAGUCCUGGUGUUUGAGGCAAAAUCUCUGCAGUUGUCUGAUUUUGAACAAAGACAGGCUAAAUUUACAUCAUUCUUCGGACCAGGCAUUACAGCUGAAAUUGCCAAGGGAGAGGAGAAUCUAUAUGAAGUCAAACUUAUUUCCAACUCCAACGUCAACCCCACUUUCAUCAAAUCCAUGGAUAUGUUACUUGUAAGUGGAGAUGAUAAUGCAGAAAAAAGGUGUCGAAGAUAUGGAACUGCUGAAUGCUGGAGAAGGCUCAAGGGUAUUGGUUUAGAUUCAGAGACUUUGGGAAUCAAUCAAGUUGCUCACAGAAGAUGGGAGAAGGAGGAGGAUGUUCCUCGAGCCAUGGGAUUGGUUGAAAUUUCCAAAGCUGAACGUGUCGAGCUCCCAUUGGGUGGCUUCCAUGCGUGUCGUGUUGUCAUUGGCUGUGUUCAUAAGGGGAUGGUCCGAAUUGGUAAUUGUGAAAGUGCUUAUUGGCAUGUUAUCCCCAGUUUGGCAUUAUCAGGUCUGCAAUGGGCCCCGACGGCAGCCCCUCCUCCUCCCCCAGCCGUCGUCGUCGCCACGCCUCCACCUUCUCCUCACCACCUCGUCGACAACCCCAACCGGCCUGCCAACGACGAGGUUCGCACCAUCUUCAUCGUCGGUCUUCCCGAAGAUGUCAAGGAGAGAGAGGUACAGAACCUCCUGAGAUGGCUUCCCGACUACGAGGUCUUUCAGGUCAACUACAAAGGCGAGAAGCCGAUGAGCUUCCGUCGCCCCGCUCAACAGGUUAUUGCUGCCAAAGACGCUCUUCACAGUAUGGUUUUCGAUAUGGAAUCGAAGACGGUGUUGCAUACGGAGAUGGCGAAGAAGAAUCUGUUUGUGAAAAGAGAUCUCUUGGCAAAAACCAGACCAAAGAGUUGUAUUGCAGACAAAACAAGAAGAGAAUUCCACCAUUGCCGGGAAACCAGUAAUCUAAAGCCAGAGAAAAAGAUAGAUGAAAGCGACGGUAGAUGGGACAGUCUCCACGCCGGCCAGUCUACUCGCUUUCCCUUUUCCUCUUCUUCUCAUAACAACCACCACCCUCUUCUUCCUCAAGAAAAUACAACACCUGGAGGCAUUUUUGGCCUUCACCAAGAUCAGUUUUCCCUAGUAAACAAUAGUUUUCUUCCCCCCGGACCGGAAAGUACUAUGCUCAAUCUCGGAGGAGAUUCAUCAAACGCGAUCGUACCAUCACCUGGUGACUACCGGCAGCAUUAUGGUUAUGAUAUUAAUAAUAUUUCUCAUCCCUAUUUUGUUUCCAAGGAUGUGCAAGUACCGGUGGUUGCUGUGAAGAAAGACCGGCACAGCAAGAUCUUCACGGCCCAGGGAUUUAGGGAUCGGAGGGUAAGACUCUCCAUCAAUGUUGCCCGUGAGUUCUUCGAUCUCCAAGACUUGCUAGGGUUUGACAAAGCCAGCACAACCCUAGAGUGGUUGCUCCGCAAGUCCAAAAACGCCAUCAAAGACCUAGAAAAGAGCAAGUGCAAAAACAGUUUCUCGUCUUCUAGUACUUCGGAGUGUGAUGUUGUUUUGGAAGACAACUUAGACAAGAGGAUGAGGAAGAUGAAGGAGAGGGCAAAGGCUAGAGCAAGAGCAAGAGAGAGAACAAGAGAGAAGAUGUGCGGGAUUAGUAAGAGGAGCCCUCAGAUCUGUAGCCAUUUGAGAUUAUUCAAUGAUCUUGAACCUGCAGAUAUGAAUCAAGAACGGGGUAGUACCGUCCUAACUGAAUAUCAUGAAUCUGUUGCGCUAAAAAGAAAGCUGAAGGCGCCGUCAGGUUCAAAUUAUCCGGAUCGGAGCCUUGAAUUGAACCCCCAGAGGAUGGAACUUGCAGAGAACGAAGCCGAAGAAGAAUCAAGAAUGGAGGCACCCAAGAACAUUGAGCACCAAAUCGGAGGGAUCCAGAACGAUACGCUCCGUUUUGGUCUCAACAGCGUCAAGAGCAACCUCGUUGGGGCUCACCCAGUCGAAUCUGCUCACCAAUCGACGAAGAAGAUGCAAGAGGAGAUGGAUAGGAGAAUCUUGACCAACACUUAUGGUUCUGCGUUUCCGAUGAGGAUGGAUUUCGAAAGGCAAAUGCUUUCUCGAUUUCAGAGGCCUACUGGAGCCAUACCUUCUUCAAUGCUAGGUUUGGAGUCUCUGACAGGAGACUUGGAUUCUUUUGGUUUUGAAGACUACAUGAAUGAUCCCCGUGAAUCUGAGACUGUCCGGCCAUUAGACGCUCAUCAUGCAAUGGAAGUUCGUCUUGGACUUUCCAAGGGUCCAGUUGCCUUUUACUGAAAGAAGAGCGAACGAGGGAUUAGUAACAUUGUGCUCCUGUCAUUCGUAUCUAUACAAACUAUGUUAAUGUUGCUUUUACAUACGCAACUUAAGAACAUCGUUUCUGAUAUGUAGCGUUCCCUGUGUACGUUGUAAUCUUGGAUAUCAUAUCAUCUAUCCGAAUACAUUCUUAUUUGCACUUUAGUUC